AGAAAGCAUAAUUUUGAUUUAAUUGAAGUUCAAUAAUGAAAAAAACCAUCAUCAUUCUAUUAUCUAUGAUAUAUGAUGAAUAUUACAAAUUAUAACUAAAAUAACGACGAUGAUGAUAAUAUUCUUCAAACGUAAAAAAAAAAAAAAAAAAAAAAAAAAUUUAUAAAAUUAAAAUUUAUGAAAAAUAAAGAAAAUUAAUGUUUAAAGGGGAACAAAAAAAGUUUUGCGAACCGCCACUUCCAAAUGGGUCUCUCCUGUGUAUUUCUUUCUCCUCAUAUGUGACUGUGUCUGAUAAACCCUACCUAGCCUUUUCCAAUUCCCGAAAUGCCCCUCCUUAAUCCCCAAAUUCACCGUCGUCCGCUCUCUUCUCUCUGCUCUUCCUCCGACGCUCUCCUAGCUGACAAAGCAGUCACGUACCUCAAACGCCACACCCUCCAGCUCAACUCCCUCGCUUCUCAUUUUACCCCUGAAGCGGCCUCCUUUUUACUCUUCAAGUCCCAGUUCGACCAAACCCUAACCCUAAAGUUCUUGAACUGGGCCAAACCGCAUCGCUUCUUCACCUUUCAAUGCAAGUGCCUCUCCCUCCACAUCCUCACCCGGUUCAAGCUGUACAAGACCGCCCAGACCCUCGCCGAGGACGUGGCCGUCAAUACUGUUGACAACACUGGCAAUUUGGUCUUCAACUGCCUCAAAGACUCGUACCAGUCCUUCAACUCCAGCUCCGCAGUCUUCGAUUUGGUAGUAAAGUCCUAUUCGCACUUGAAUUUGAUUGAUAAGGCUUUGAACAUUGUCAAUUUAGCGAAAUCUCACGGCUUUAUGCCUGGUGUGUUGUCGUACAAUGCCAUUCUUGAUGCGAUAAUAAGGUCAAAAGGGUCGGUUAAGCUUGCUAAGGAAGUUUUUGGUGAAAUGAUUAGGAUCGGGGUCUCGCCAAAUGUGUAUACCUAUAAUGUUUUGAUUAGGGGUUUUUGCGGGGCGAGGAAUUUGGAAAUGGGUUUGAGUUUUUUCGGUGAAAUGGAGAGGAAUGGAUGUUUGCCCAAUGUUGUUACCUAUAAUACAUUGAUUGAUGCGUAUUGUAAAUCGGGGAAGAUUGAUGCGGCGUUCAGUUUUCUGAGGUCGAUGGCAUUGAAGGGUCUGGAGCCAAAUUUGAUUUCGUAUAAUGUGAUUAUCAAUGGGCUGUGUCGAGAGGGGAGGAUGAAGGAGACCAGUCAGGUUCUGCAGGACAUGAGCAGAAAGGGUUUUGUUUGUGAUGAAGUGACGUAUAAUACGCUCGUGAAUGGGUAUUGUAAGUUGGGCGAUUUUCACCAAGCACUUGUUUUGCAUGCGGAGAUGGUUAUGAAUGGAUUGUCUCCUAAUGUUGUUACUUACACAGCGUUAAUUAAUAGCAUGUGUAAGGCUAAGAAUUUAAAUCGGGCGAUGGAGUUUUUUGAUCAGAUGCGUGUUCGAGGACUUAGACCAAAUGAGAGGACGUAUACGACAUUGAUCGAUGGGUUCUCGCAAAAAGGAUUCUUGGGUGAAGCGUACAGGGUUCUGAAUGAAAUGACUGAGAGAGGAUUCUCACCUUCCAUUGUGACAUACAAUGCCCUGAUUAAUGGGCACUGCAUUUUGGGGAAGAUGGAAGAGGCCCAAGGAGUGAUAAGAGAGAUGAUAGACAAAGGGUUGGCUCCAGAUGUGGUAAGUUAUAGUACAAUUAUAUCUGGGUUUUGCCGUAAUGGGGAGGUAGAAAAGGCAUUUGAAACGAAGUUGGAGAUGGUUGAGAAGGGCCUUCGACCUGAUGCCAUUACCUACUCAACACUUAUUCAUGGUCUCUGCCAGCAAAGAAAACUGAUAAAAGCCUGCGAUCUAUAUCAAGAGAUGUUGAAUAUAGGUCUGCGCCCUGAUGAAUUUACUUAUACAACUCUGAUAAAUGCCUAUUGUGUAGAAGGGGACUUAAAUAAGGCACUUAAUUUGCACAGCGAGAUGAUAGAAAAGGGCUUUCUACCUGAUGUUGUGACCUACAGUGUGCUUAUUAACGGACUUAACAAACAGGCUCAGACAAGGGAAGCAAAAAGGAUUAUGCUCAAGUUGUUCUACGAUGAGUCCAUCCCAAAUGAUGUCACAUACAAUACUCUGAUAGAAAACUGUAGUAACAUUGAAUUUAAAAGUGUGGUAGCUCUUGUCAAGGGAUUUUGUAUGAAGGGUUUGAUGAAUGAAGCAGAUGAAGUUUUUCAGUCAAUGCUUCAGAGAAACCACAAGCCUGAUGAAGCAGCUUAUAAUGUUAUCAUCCACGGGCAUUGUAGAGGUGGAAAUGUUCAGAAGGCAUAUAGUCUGUACAAGGACAUGUUGAAUUCCGGUUUUGUUCCUCAUACUGUGACUAUCAUUGCUCUAGUUAAAGCGCUUUUCAUUGGAGGGAUGAAUGAGGAGUUGAGUGAGGUCAUAGGGAACGUAUUGAGAAGUUGUAGGCUCACUGACGCUGAACUUGCAAAAGUACUUAUUGAAAUUAACCAAAAAGAAGGGAACAUGGAUGCAGUAUUUAAUGUGCUUACCGAGAUGGCUAAGGAUGGCCUCCUUCCGAAUAGUGGCAGAACCAGUUAUGCUGGGUGUUAAAAUGCUUGAUUGGAUAUUUGAAUAUGUUGUCCAUGUAGACGAUGGAGCACACUUUUUCAAGUUAAGUAGACAACAUGAUAAAAGCAGGCUGAAGCGCACAGGUUCCUAACUUAAAGUUUAAUCUUCAACGAGAUAGGAAGAGCUACGUGAAGGGAACGUUAUCUCUUUCAUCUCAUUCUUCCUUGGUAUGCUGCCAGUUUUGCUUCAAGUGCGAUUCACAUUACUAAUUUGUGACUGCACUUCCAUUUUCCUGCCAGAUACCGACACCUAAAAAGCCCUUAGGACUCACCCAUGGAAGUUGGAGAUUGACUUUACUAGACGGAUUGAUAAUCGGGUAGCUUAUUUGAGACUCGAGAACUCUCUUCCAGUUGCUUUGGUGUAGGUAGUCAACUGACUCCUGAAAUAUUGUUCUUGCUCAGCUCAUAGGGUCUCAGAAAAUGGCAAAAGGGAUAUUAUCAAGUGUUCUGCAAGCUCUGCAUGCGGAAGCCAAAACCGAAGUUCUCUAAUUCAUAAUAUCCUUCCUCACUUGCUCUACUUGGAAGCUGUUGUAUUGUAAGUAGAUAGGAUGACAUAUAGGGCUGGCUACCCAUAGAGCUGCUCUUGUGCCCAUUAACUUGCAUACGAGGAACAGAUGGAGAGCAAGGGAAAGAGUUUAAGAGGCGUCACACUACUGAUAUAUGAGUUAUGGUGUAUAACAUCUCGAAAAGAAAAAUGAUUUAACUUGUAAUUCUGUAUUAAAGAAAGGGCAGUCUUGUAAAAUUAAAUUUUAUUUUUAAUUUAGUGAUAUGCUUUCAUUAGUUGAUUUUGAAA